AAAUUUAGCUUAUUUUUCUUCCCCUUUUCAGUGCACAUUGUUAUCUUUCGAAUAUUGUACAUAUAAUGUGCUUUGAGAACCAGAAGAAGAAAGCAUGCCUUUCUGGGACAUUAUUUACUUGCAGUUUUAAUGGAUUUAGGGUGUUUCCAUGACCCUGUUAUUAGAGAAUUGUUGAAUUUACUAGCUGGGCUUCUUUCAUAUUCCUCCUUCAGUUCCAUAUGAGCCUACUCGAAGGUGACCUUGGAGAUACAUAAUCGACUGUGCAUUGUAUUGAAUUAUAGUUCUUGAUGGGAAAGAAAAAGAGCUGGCUUAGUGCGGUGAAAAGACUUUUCAUUCCUGAGGGAAAACGAGAGGAAGACAAGAAGUCUAAGAGAUGGGGAUGGUUUUUUGGAGGGAUUAAGACCAAACAAUUGCCCGCAAUUUCAGUGCCACAAAGAACUUUGAUCGAAGCAAAUGAAGAGCAGAGAAAGCACGCCAUGGUUGUUGCUGUUGCAACGGCUGCUGCAGCUGAAGCUGCUGUCAGUGCUGCACAUGCUGCAGCUGAAGUUGUCCGGUUGACAAGUACCCCUAGUAACUUUGGGAAGACAACUCGCAACUUGGCUGCAACUAAAAUUCAAACCUACUUCCGUGCCUAUCUUGCACGAAAAGCACUGAAGGCACUCAAAGGAGUCGUUCUGCUUCAAGCCGUGAUUCGAGGCCAAAAUGUCAGACGACAAAUCAUUACUCACAUGAAGUCUCUGCAGUCUAUUUUAAAGCCACAAUCACAAGUUCAUCAGAUUCAUGUCCCCACCAGUGAGGAAAGGUGUGUACAUGGAAACGAUAUCCAGUCAUUUAGCCCCAAAAAGAUGUUGGUAAACAAAGACGAGAACAAUAAGCUGGGAUGCAAAAGCAGCACCACCUGGGAUUACAGCUUGUUUACAGAAGAGGAUAUGGAAGUCUCAUGGUUACCUAAGAAAGAUGGUAGUGCAAAAAGAGACCGAAUGAAGAAAUCCUACUCCCAUAGGGAGAGACCAAAUAACAUAGUUUCUGGAGAAUACUCAAAUAAAGAAGAUGGCGGAAAGAGGCCAUGGUUUGAAGAGCUUCAAGACGUUAAAAUACGAGCAGCCAAAAAAGGUCAGAAGUUCAAGGAAAAGACAGAAUCAAACUUCAUUGAUAUAGUUUCAACUGGAAGAACACAACAUAAACUGAAAAAUGUAGUGAAGGGGGAGUCAAUGGAGGUAUUAAACUCUUCUCUUACACUCCCACGAAGAUCAUUUUCAAGAACAAACAAGAAAGAGUACUCAAUUGUGGACGACACUUCUUUACCACAUUCUCCGGUUUUUCCAGCUUACAUGGCUGCCACGGAAUCUGCCAAAGCAAAGAUAAGAUCUGCAAGCACCCCAAGGCAACGCCUCGCACAUAUAGAUUUUUCUUCUGUCCAUAAUUCACUAUAUAAGCCCGUGCUAUCUUCUUGGACCUCAUGGGAUGGAGAACUGCCUGAAUUUAGAGGAAAGGGUGCCACUUCUCUGCAUAAAUCGCAAAAAUUAUGAGGCAAAAUUACCCUGAAAAAUAUGCUGAAAGUUGAUUCACUGAUAUCAUCUUAUGUUAGCUCGUAACAUCACAUAGACAAAAAGAUUAAGCUACCUUGUACUUGAAAUCGUUUGUUAUAUAAGUGUUCCCUAGGUUUUUGAGUGGUUAACAUAUAAAGCUCCCUGUUCUUGGUUGAUUUAUUCUGUGAUUAAUAGUUUUAUUGUUACUUUUCCCA